GACAAGACCACACUACUCCGCUCUGUCAAGUGGAGCACCCACCAAGUAACCAAACAUGAAUCGGAGACAACCCCCGAGACGCCAUGCUUGCGUCCGCUGUGUUCGACUCAAAGUGCGCUGUCAGCCUGUUGAAGGCACUGGCACUUGCAUCCGCUGCACUCGACUGGGCCAGUCAUGCACUCUCCCCGAUAGCUUACGCGCGAGUAGUCGGCCCAGGAAAACACGCAUCGAUGCCUUACAGGAACAGAUCGAUAAUCUAGUCACCCAACUUGCCAGCAAGCAAGCAGCGGCCAACUGUCAGACCCCGUCGCGCACUGCCAGUGUGACCAACACAAAUGACUCGCCCGAUCCGUACCAGAAGGAUUCACCGUCGCAAUUGCCCCGUAGUGAGAGCGAAGGCGACUCGCUCUUCGCGCACCUGGUAACCCUCGAGGAGGCCGACGAGCUCCUGGCCAAAUUCCGAGCCCAGAAGAUGCACCACUUCCCUUUUGUCAUCAUACCACCAGACAUGGACAUCGCCUCACUGCGCGAUCAAUACCCCUUCCUGCUGACAUGUAUUGUCUGGGCUUCCUUGGAGCACAACAACCCCUUGCAAUUGAAGAUGGAAGGUAUGAUCAGACAGACGAUCGCGAACCGGGUCUUCGUCAACAGCGAACGAAGCAUGGAUCUGCUGCAGGGACUGCUGGUGCAUUCGGCCUGGUACCAUUACCACUGGAAGAGCAUGCACGCGCAUCAGUACCUGCUCCUCCAAGUACUGCCGAUGCUUGUCUACGACCUCGGCCUGGAUCAGGAUGAGACAGUCAAGAUGCAAUUACAGUCGGGACAGAUAAGUGAGCCUCGGAAAGAGCAGUUGCACAAGACUCCGGCGGCUCAACGAGCUCUUCUGGGCUGUUACUAUCUGUGCCACAAAUCCUCGAUGUUUCGCCGACAUAUGAACAUGCGACACACCAAGUGCAUCGAUACCUGCGUGAAAAACCUCACAGAAAAUCCCGAAUAUCCCAGUGACGCGCUGCUGAGAGCGCUCAUAGAAACACAGCCACUCAUGCGCAAGUCUCACACGCUGCUAGGCGAUGAGCUGAACUACUGCACCGACCAAUGCCGAGACGCGACCUGGGAACAGAUUCUCGAUGCGGUGGCGAGACAACAGAAAGAGGUCGAUGAUCUGAGAUCGCGCCAUAAUCUACAGGACAAUUGGGCCAUGCGCAUGGAGCUGGACGCCUUUCCCACCCUCAUGUUCGGGCACUUCCUACGCCGCCAGAAGGACGCGUUCUACCUGCGCGACAUCAAUCAGCUGCAGCCGCUCGCCACGUCCGCCCACCGAGUGGCGGCCACAUUCCUCGCGACCCCAUCCGCCGUGGCAGUGCACCUGCCGAUCUCGUCCUACACGACCUGCUGGUACGCCAUCGUCCUCCUGUGCAAGCUGGGCUUGUCGUUUGGUAUCUACAGCCAGCUGCCGACGGAUCUCGGCACGCGCAGCGUGCACGAGGUGGUCCUGGCCACGGUCCACAAGAUCGAAGGGUUCUCGCUCGGGGACGAUCUGUGGGCGGGCUGCAAGAAGGCCAUCGCCAAGCUUCUGACCUGGCUGGAGAAGACCAGCAACGAAACCCCGCGGCCCAUGCUGCCCAGUCCCGCCUACCACGUUCCAGAUCAAUGGCAGUCGCCUCCGAUCCCUGGCGGCCUGCCGACGGGGUUCGAGACGGACAUGAUGAUGGGCAUGGAGAGUAACAUCAUCGUGCAACACAUGAUCGACGAACUCAGCCUGUUCGGGUGGGCUGGACAGGGUCCCUAUCUGCCAAGCAUUGGGGUCUGA